UCAUCAGAAGAAUACAACUCGCCCAUCACACCAAACGCUUCCGAAUGGUUGGAGGCCAUAGAAACAAGCAAGAAAGUAACCAUCAAACCUUUAGAUUGCAUGGUAUAUUGCGAUUGCAUCCGACUGUGAGGUAGAGGAUAAUUCUGUAUUUUAUUUUGGCAUCAGACAAGGCUAAGAAAGAGAAGAACUCUGUUCCACCAUGCGUAUGGGAAAGCCAGAAAAGGUCCGCCGGGGGGAUACACCGCCUACCCAGGUCGGCGCCGAUGGGAAAAAACCCAAACACGCUGCCAGGGGGAGCGUGGUUGGAAAGUUGUCUCCCGACGUAAUUUCAGUAUACUUUUCCCCUGAAAUGAAAGCAAGAGCUAUUGAAGGUUUGGAAAAAUAUGCCGAAGAAUUGAUGCAAUACGAAGAUGCGACCAAGGCAUUCGAAGCUGCCCGGCAACAAACCGAAGUCGAAAUCGACRCUAAUGGAGAGCAGCAACUACCAGUAGAACCAAUUCCACCCAAGGCACCGAUCUUUAAAUCGGAGUAUUGGCUAAAUGAAYUAGAGGAGAUGUUGAAGGAAACUUCCGAUCACUUCCAAACCAAAAACGGUGGAUGGAAGAGCCACGCUCGUGCCGCUCGCUUUGAACGAAUUAUGGACGAACGAUACGGUCGCCUCCGCCCCAUCCUGAAACAAUACCCCGAGUUGGAGACUCUAGUCAAGUCAGUUCAACGAAAAUAUGCGACGGGAUACUUUUCGCCCUUUCGACAGGGCAAACCACCUAUUCCAAAGAGCACCGCAGUAAUCAUUCUGUUCAUGAUGCAGAGGGGAAAUUUGCGCUGGGAAAUCACGGUUCUAUCCGUAUUGUUUUUCUUGGUAGGUCUCCAGCCCUGGGCCCUCGUAGUUCUGGUUGCGGGCAUUCAGACUCUUAUGGAUAAUAGAAAGCGACGACCCCUCAAACCGAUGAAGGCGUACAUUCCGUCGACUUCGCCCUAUUAUGCUGUUGAGGAGAAUGACGAAGAGCAACAGGAAAGCAAUAUUGACGAAGAAGCUGAAGCAGAGAAGGAACGACAAAAGAAAAUCGAUAUCUUGAAGCAACCCGUAGGAACUGAGAUUGGUGACCAAGCUUUUGAUUCUGCCACCCAUCCGUAUGACACUAUUCUUCUCGGAUCGGGGCCAUCCUCGUUGUACACAGCCGCCUUGUUAUCACGAACGGGACGAAAAGUAUUGGUAUUGACCGGCAGGGAGGAUGCAAGUGGAUGCUAUUCGCCCCCCGGAUCAGAUAUCCCAUUUGAUAUCGAAUCAUCCAAUGUUUCUAGGAUUAGUAAAACGCAAGAAAACCUAGCCCCAGCYCUUGCCUCUUCUACAGACUUCCAAGGUGGUAUUCGAUUUGCACAAAUAGGAUCGGCGGCCGACGGUCACGCCUUUCAAAUUUUGUCGGUUCCAGGGAUGGGAGCAGAAAGCAGUGGCGAAAAUUCCGUUCCGUUCGUCUUGAGAGCCGAUGGCAUGCGCAGCCUGGCCGAAGAUGCGGCUUUGUCGCUUGGAGAUGGAUGGCCCGGCAUCGAAGCACAAGAUGCAGGCAAUUCGGCCUCGGCAGCAUACAUACAAGCCUGUCGGAGUCUUAAUGCCUCGUCCACAGAGUAUUUUGUCUCGAAAAUUCUUCCGGACAGCACUAACAGUCUUCGGAAGGAUAAAUUGUAUCAAGAAGCGACAAUCCGUUACGCAGCUUCAUUUUUGGACAGUGGUUUCCAGCUGAACGCUCAUGCUCGAUCUCUUUUGGCCGCCGUCGGUAUGCCCGGAGAAAACAUCAAACCAAGCCAGGCAAGCAUGGGUGUUCACGUAUCCAACGUYUGCUCGGCAAUGUCCGGGGAGGGGAUGYAUUACCCUAUUGGUGGACCUCGUGCGCUCUGCCACGCCUUUCAGAAGGUAAUCGAGGAAAACGGAGGAUGCGUUUUGACGGGGGUACCAAUUGGCCGUCUUCUCUUUGAAGACACCGAAGAUGGUUCUUCCAAGCCAGAAGAUACCAAAAAGCCAUCCGGUGAAAAGGAAGCCGGAAGCGGGCCUGCCCCACCCCGAUGCAUAGGAAUCCAACUGCUCGACAAACGGGAGAUCAAGUUCGAUCUCAAAAAAUUCGAGAACGGGGGUUACAAACCGGCUGUUGUUUCUAUGCUUGGAUUUAUUUCCACAUUUAUUCGACUUCUCCCCAAUGAAGUUCGAGACAAAUACAAUACACCUGUUGGUUUGCCAGCUCUCGCAGAACGCAGACCUGUGAUCAAAAUCCUUUUCUCGUUGAAGGGUUCGGCCAGGGAUUUGGACGUAACCGGAGCAGAUUUUUAUCGGUUGCCGAAUGCUUCGCUCGCGCGUGACGAAAUGGAUAGUUCAACCGGCCAGGUCAAGCUCGGUACCAUUGGAGGGAACGACGACGACGACGAURCGGCAAACGAMAAGAUCGACCAGGACGAGGCAGCCGGUUUGACGGAUACCGAGACCAAUACCAAGCCCAAGAAGAGCAGCAGAAACAAAUUCGAGCAGGGAAAAUCCUGGAUGCAGAUUUCAUUUCCGUCGGCCAAAGAUCCGUCGUUUGAAUCCAGGCACGGGAAGAUUACCACUUGUGUGGUCACGAUCGAGGCCGACGAUGACUUUGUGACUCCGUACGAGACGAAACCAAAACUCUACGCCAUCCAAAAAGGAAAGGGAUCCACCCACGGAGACUACCAGUUGCUGAUGGAACGCGUCAGGAACGAUCUCCUCGAAAACUAUCCACAGCUGAAAGGGAAGAUCUUGCACAACGAAAUGUACGGGCCAUUGUACAUGGGUUUGAGCCAAACCCCCGUCCGUUACGCGGCAAAGGGUGUCCGCGCCGAGUCUCCCUACCCCGGGCUCUUUACCGGGGGUUCGGACCUGACGGUCGACGACUCCUUCACUGCCUCUCUUUACGGAGGAUUGCUCGCUGCCAAUGCGGUUGCGGGAUACACGCCUCUCGACAUUAUGUACCUCGAGAAGAACAUUUUGACCGACAUUUCCUCCUACCUAGAACUCCCCGACGAGAUGGACGAAGACGAUCUUGCGGUCGACUACACACACGAAGAAGAGGACGCAUCCAAGAUUGCGGAGAAAGGAGAAGCAAACGAUCCACCAGAACUACAAACCGAAAAGUAGGGUGCCUGUCGCAUUUCUGUAUUAUAACCAUAAACAAAACGAGCUUUU